ACAUGCGUCUGUUGAAGCGGGAUGACCGCUUUCAGAUUUCUCUCUAUUUAAAAGAAGUAAAAAAAGUCUAAGUGUACAAAUUCGCUAUAAUUCGCAGCCGGAAUGGCAGUUGGUUCGACUAAGGUCGUCCAAGUGACGAAUAUUGCGCCCCAGGCUACCAAGGAUCAGAUGCAGACUCUUUUCGGUUACCUGGGUAAAAUCGAAGAUAUCAGGUUAUAUCCGACGAUCAGAGACGUCGCCGUACCCGUGCAAUCCCGCAUAUGUUACAUUAAAUUCCACGAUCAGGGUUGCGUAGCUGUGGCGCAACAUAUGACCAAUACUGUCUUUAUUGAUCGUGCAUUGAUAGUGAUCCCCUAUCAGAAUGGAGAUAUCCCGGACGAGCAACGUGCUCUCGAGCUUACCAACAAUGGCACAGUUGUGCCAGGUCUUUAUCCAUCGGAGCCCAAGUUGCCCCCAAAUGUAGUGAAUGCUAUUGAAGGUAUCCCACCGAAUCAUGUGAUCACCACGAUGGAUCCCAAAUUGGAAGCGAAUGGUCUACCACCUUAUCCGCAUUUGCCAGGUCACCUAGACAGCAGACGUAUCGAGGAGAUUCGACGAACGCUUAUUGUGGCGAAUCUGGAUUCGUUGGUGAGCCCCGAGCAGCUGUUGGAUUUUUUCAGCAACAACAAUGUCGAGAUCAAGUACCUGCGUAUGUGCAGCAGAGACUCUGACAGCGAGCAUUACGCAUUGGUGGAACUGUCGGAGCAGGCGGCGGUGAUUGCGGCGCUUCUGCUCAAUGGAAAACCACUGAUGGAGCGACCGAUCAAGAUUUACCAUUCGACGCAGGCGAUAGCUAAGCCGGAGGCGAAAAGUAACGAGGCAGCGCAGAAAGAGAUUGAAGAGGCAAUGUCCCGGGUGAAGGAAGCUCAUAAUCUCAUCUCCGCUGCGAUCGACCCGAUGAUCGGCAUGCUGUCCAAGGAUAAGCGCAGUAGAAGCGGCUCGCGUGGUCGCAAGUCGCGUUCUCGAUCCCGUGGUCGCAGUCGUCGCUCGAGAUCGCGUAAACGUUCGCGCUCGCGUCACCGACGCUCGCGUUCCCGUCACCGGCGUCGAUCCCGUUCGCGCUCCAAGCAUUCUCGAUCCAAGGAUCGCCGGCGCAGCUCGCCUUCGCGACGACGCAGCAGCUCGCGCAGCCGCCAUCGUUCGCGUAGCAGAUCACGGCGAUCGAGAUCACGUCGAUCGCCCUCGAGAUCAAAGGAACGUAAGAAGAGAUCACCGCGACGUCGCAGCCGCUCGCGCUCGCAUAGCAAGCGCUCCAAGUCCAGGUCCAGACGCUCACGCUCCAAAUCCAAAUCAAGAUCGUCCAAGUCUAAAUAUUCGGACAAGUCCAAGGAUAAGGAGCGUGAAAGGCGUAGCAAAGACAAGUCGGAUAACGGCAAGAGAAGUGAUAGCGAUCGGGAGAGACCCGAGAAGGAAAGCAGCAGAAGCGAAAAGAAGUCUAGCAAGGAGAAACGAUCCAGUGAUAAGUCGGAAUCGAAACAAUCGGAGGAAAAGGGUAGAUCCGCGUCGGAAAGCAACGACAGCAAAGACAAGACGACAGAAUCAGAGAGCUAGAGAAAGACUCGGACACAGUCAGUCCCAUUUGCAUUCGAAAAAACUAUCAUUUUUUCGUCGCUACGUGUAUUGAUACAAGAUACAGAAAUACACGCAUUUAUAUA